AUGUAUUCAUGGUGUUAUUCAAUGCAUUGCUCCGGAAGUUUUAUUGAAUCGGAAUAUUCUUCGGCAACUGAUGUUCAUUCUUUUGGUGUUAUUAUGAUGGAAUCAGUAACUGAUAAAAGACCUUUUGAUGCUAUUGUAGGUUUUAAACCAAACCUUUAUAAAUGGCAAUCUUAUAAAGACCUUGAUAAAAAAAAUAAAUUCUUGGCUGCUGAC